AUGUUCAUUCGAGAAACUCUUCGUAUGUAUCCAAUCUCACCAAGUGUCAUUAAUCGGCAGAAUACCGAGGAAUUUCACAUUGACAAUAUCGGCACUAUUCCUGUUGGUACUAUUAUUACUGCUAAUAUUUAUAGUUUGCACUUUAAUCCUGAUCUUUGGGGCCCAGUCGAUCCUCACACGUUCUAUCCGGAACGAUUUGCUACCAAGCGACAUUCACUCGCAUGGAUUCCAUUCGGUGCUGGACCGCGAAACUGUGUUGGAAUGCGAUUUGCAUUGAUGGAAAUGAAAAUAGUGCUCAUUCGACUUCUUAGAAUCUAUUCAAUUAUCGACUGUGGCCAACAGACUCAUCAGCCAUUCGAAGAACUUGAAGAAUUUAUGGUCAUUUCGCCUAAUAAAGUUCUUGUCCGUUUACAACUUCGAGACAAACAGAUACAAUGA